UCUCUCGCGCUCCGUAAUCGGAGGCUUCUGCCCAUAACAAAAAUGGCUAUCCACUUUGCCUUACCCCUCCCUUCAGCCCACCAAAUACGUGACUGUCUUUCACUUUCGGGUCACUGUGGAUGAGAGAUGGCGCCGAUUCCGAAGACGGUGGGGCCGAUCAAGCUAGACUGUCCCCUGUCGCCCGGCUGCCCGCUGGGGGUCGCUGCUGUCCCCAAACUCUGCAGGGAAUUCGGUCCUGAAGACUACGGAGAAGAGGACGUAGUGGAUUUUCUUCGACGACUGGUGGAGAGUGACCCCCAGGGCCUGCACCGGAUCCGUGUGGAUGGGAGCAGCGGGCGGCUGCAGCUGUGGCACCAUGAUUAUCUCCUGGAACAUUUCCAUGAUGAAGGGAAAAUGACAGAACAGAGUGACCGGGGCAAGGGUGCUGAGGGACUGGGCACCUACUGUGGUCUCCAAAAGUCCUUCCUGUGCCCUCCCCAAGGGUCUAAGCCCGACCCUCAAAGACCCUCUGCCUCGGCAUCCUGCCCCAGCGGCUCGGACAGUCUGCUUCAGGUGGCCAUGCCCCAGAAGCUCCUGCCAACUGAGGAGGAAGCCAACCGCCUGGCUGAAGAGCUGGUGGCUGAGGAGGAGCGCAUGAAACAGAAAGCAGAAAAGAAGCGACUCAAGAAGAAGCGUCAAAAGGACCGAAAACGACAGGAGCGCAUGGAGCAGGACAGUGGGGAGCCCAAGGUCGAGGCCAUCCCAGAUGGGAAUGGGAGCCCCCCAUCCAGCCCUGGGAACCCAGCUCAGGGACAGUGUGGUGAGGAAGAAGAUGCACUGGAUCUAUCUAGCACUUUCGUGUCUCUGGCUUUGCGCAAGGUUGGAGAUUGGCCCCCCAGUGCCCUCAGAGAGAAGGAACUGAGCCAGGAGCCCCGAGGCAAGAGCCUAGGCCCUUUGGAGAAGAUAAACCAGGAGGAAGAGAGGUCUCCAAAAGAAGAGAGCCCCAGACAGAGUCCUAAGGCAGAGGCAUCUCCAGGACUGCUGGCGGCUGCCUUACAGCAGAGCCAGGAGCUGGCAAAAUUGGGUACCAACUUUGCCCAAAAUGGUUUUUACCAUGAGGCCGUGGUCCUCUUCACUCAGGCCUUGAAGCUCAACCCCCGGGACCACCGGUUAUUUGGAAAUCGUUCUUUCUGCCAUGAGCGGCUGGGUCAGCCGGUGUGGGCCCUGGUUGAUGCCCAGGUAGCCCUUACCCUGCAGCCCGGCUGGCCCCGGGGCCUCUUCCGCCUGGGCAAGGCCUUGAUGGGACUGCAGCGCUUUGAGGAGGCAGCUGCUGUGUUCCAGGAGACUCUGAGAGGCGGGUCCCAGCCUGAUGCAGCUCGGGAGCUCCACUCUUGUCUUCUGCGGCUUGCUGUGCAGGAUCAGCAAGGAGGAUAUCGGGUACCACCUCUGCCACCUGGAUUCCCCAAGCCAGUUCGCCACACUGAGCCAGGGGCCUCGGGCCUCCUCUCCCUCGGUCACCCUCGAAGCACCGCUCCAAGAGCCCCUGGCCUUCUGUCUCCACCUUUGCAUUACCUGCCAUGUCACCUGAACCUCUCCAAUGGGCUCCUACCCCAGACUCAGCGUAGAAGUCCUCCUCCCCAUUUCCAGAACCCCUCAAAGGGCUGGGGCAUCCACGGACUUGGGGCCCAGCAUCUACCUCAGGCUAGAUGAGGGAGGACCUGUCCCUCAUAGGACAAGGCCAUGUCUGUAUCCCACAGAGAUAAGGGACACUGUGUGGUGGCUGUUUCCUGCAUAUUUUGGGACCUUGUACUCUAGAACCAUAGUUAGAGACACCACCCCUGGUAGUCAUUCCUCUUGCCACAGAGACAUGAUGGGAGAAAGGAGCCCCAUGUCCACUGAAACUGUGUUUUGUUUUUUUUUAGAUUUUAUUUAUUUAUUUUUAGGGAGGGGAAGAGAGGAAGAGAAACAUCAAUGUGUGGUUGCUUCUCAUGUGCCCCCUAUUGGAAGCCUGGCCCCCAACCCAGGUAUGUGCCCUGACUGGGAAUCUGACCCUUUGGUUCACAGGCAGGCACUCAAUUCACUGAGCCACACCAGCCAGGGCUGAAAGAGCCUUUCUUUGGUUCUCAAUCAAAUGGCUUCCUUGGCUUCCUCUGAGGACAAUAAGGAAAAAUAAAAUCCACCAAGACUCGAAAAUGGAACUAGCCCUGGCUGGGUGGCUCAGUUGGAGCAUCAUCCCAUACACCGAAAGGUUUCGGGUUCAAUCCUUGGUCAGGGCACAUACUUAGGGGGCAGGUUCGAUCCUUGGUCGGGGUACAUACAAGAGGCAGCCGAUCGAUGUCUCUCUCCCCCUCCCUCCCUCUCUGUCUAAAAAUCAAUAAAACAUCCUUGGGUGAGAUUUUUUUAAAAAGGAAACUGUACAAAAGUUCAGAUUUUGAGGCCAUAAUAGACCCGGGGUGGCGGGGUGGGGCAUAUGGGGCUUGCUCUGCUCUUGGUCCUGAGGGACUCAUUCAGUAGCCAGAGCUCUGUGCUCAGGAAUUGGGUCAUGGUGAUGAGCAAGGCUGAGUCCCACCCUUCACCUUGUUGGUUGCUCAUCACUUCCUAAUCCCAGUUCUUGCCCUGUUUUCGCUAGCCCAGCCCCGCAUGCCUUCUUUCCAUAUUUUUGUGCACAUUCUGAUCUCCUCCCAGUGGCCUGAUGCUUACCUCCUCUGACUGCUAGAAGAUUGGACCAGGGUUUGCAUUUGGGAAUUCCUUCACCAGCUCCUGCCUGGAGUUGGCGGAGCCUGUACGUUUUUCGCUUCCCGCUGCGGGCUCUCCUGCCGAGGGGGCUCCAGCAGGCACCCAGGCUGCUGCCGCCUGGGCCAUGCUCUUUCUCCACGUCAGCGUUGGGCACUGUAACCAGUCUUUCCCUCUGCAUUUACUCAGUUUUUCCACCAAGGGUCACUGCCCCCAGAGACGACUGUUAUUCUCUAUUUUCUGUGUAAGAAUCAUGAGUUCCUUUUGGUUUCUCUGGGAUUCUGGCAGCUGCCUCUGGCUGGUUCCUCCUUAGACCCUCUUGGGACACUCAGCUUAUUUAAAAGUGGAUCUGUAGGGCACUUUCAGGCCUCCCAAAAUGCCCUUCCAAGGGGAACCAUUCAUCAGGAUAAAUGAUUUCUGCUGCCUUAUGGAUCUUGCUCAACACCAUUCAUACCUGGAAAUAGGAGGCAUUGAAACUAUAUUAGGAUGAAGUCUCCCAUUACUAGUUGAGUCACCUUGGGCAGGUCUGUCAAUACCCGUGCCUCAGUUCCCUCAUCUGUAAAAUGAGUGCAAUUCCUACCUCACAAGCCUGUUGUGAGGACUUAAAGAGAAAAUACCAAGUGCCUGAUAGAU